GAUGAGGGCACGUACUUUCUCCAGGACGGGAGCCGUUCUGCACAACCGUGGCCCUAUGCCUAUAUCGUACGUGGGGGACGACUGAAUCUGUUCCCUGGAACCUACCUUGAGGUUCCGAUGCCCUUCGCGCCAUACGCACCUGCCCAGGCCGCCCACUGGGACGAUGACAACGAGUCGGCGGGCGCAUGGCCAUUCCCAGUUUCAGUCCCCACCACUCACACAUACACGGAGGAGGAUCCAUGCCACGUCCCCAUCUCGACUAUCUCAACACUAGUGGAUGCAUUGGACCCUAUUGAGGUCCAUCGGAGGCGCGGUGCGGCAGCGUUCUCCUCGCUGCUGGGCGCCGUCAAGCCGAUCCGGGGUCCAUGGAUUGACAUGGCGCGGGAGAUCGUGCAGGCGCCUCGCGACACUGUCCUUCGGGUGUUGGCCGAGGUGCCUCCGCAGGUGGUCGUCGCGAAGGCCCCGGGGCCUGUCCCAGAGCUGCCGCCGUCGCCAGAGAUCACCACGGAGCCGGUGUCGCAGGAACACUACGUACAUGUGGAGGAGGAGCCAAGACGGAAGAAGGCGAGGGAUGGGGAGGGAAGCGAGGGGAGGGAGGAGGGAGCGAGUCCGGGAGCGAGCGGCGCGAAGGCGGGGAGGCGCAUAGUCAAGAGGCCGCGCAUGCCCCCGAUCGCGGGGUAUGGCCGAUUUUCAGUCAGGCUGCCAAGCGACUAUGCGGCGAGAGAGAGAGAGACGGCGGGAGAGCGAGGCCAGAUGCUUGUGGUCCAUCCACAGGCGCACGGCAGCGCCCCCCCAGAAACUACAAUAGCAUCGACAACAUCCACCCAUAGGGUGGAGAACCCCACAGGUGAGCCAGUCCCCGAGGCUGUACCGCAGUCCAUCGGAGGGCCCUGGACAUCGACACCUGGAGAGGAACAGAGAGGCGCGCGAAAGCGCAAGAGGGCAGACCCUCAUGUCUGCGACGGCACCGACGGGUGCAGCAAGCGGCUGUCGUGCCCUUACGACAUGCCCCGACACAAGGCGACUCUGCGCCACGGAGGACAGCGCGAAUUUGCAUGCGGCGACUGCCCAGCUCUUUUUGUGCGUAAAGAUGAAGUCCAUCGCCACAAGCGAGAGCACUGCCCAAACAGAGGCAGGAAACAUAACGGCAGGGGCGGUCCCUCGCAGGGCCCGAGACAUGAUGGUCCAGAGGGCGGCGGAGGGGGCAUGGGGGGCAUAGGAGAUAGCCUGCUCAGUGGAUAGAGCUGAAGGACUUUGCUUGUGGUCGACAUCGACUCGACGCAUCGUCCAGCCCGGUAUUGCACGACGAAUAGGAAACCAGUCGUUAUGUAAGCUAUAAUACCGCCAUAAGUUGCUCAUCGUCGACUUCAUCUACGACGGCACCUCAGCGACGAGGGGUCGAUAAGCUCAUCUCCCACGAGGUUGAUCACAUCUAAAUUAUCACGGCUUCACAUGGAUCUGUUGUUGUACAGUCUGUUCGCUCCAGCGCUUCUCUUUUACAAAUACCUAUCUAUUCCUUCUCAU